GUGUUUGGAAAGUGUGUGUCAGCGUUACAGACAGCUGGAAACCCACAGUCAAAAACUGGCAGAUUGUAACCGGACUCUUGAAUCCAUGGAGUUAUUCUUGCUGGGAAACGGUUUGCUUCGAAUUGGUAUCCGAGGGCGAAACGGCAAAAUGAGGGGUCCAACUCAUUCAUUUGCAUGAACGUUUGCACGGAACGUCGUCGCUUCACUAUCCGUCUUAUCGAUAUCGAAAUUACUAAUACGAGAGAUCAAGCAAAACCCAGGACUACUCUCCUUUAUUUUAAUUGUCUAAUCUUUGGACCUGCAGAUUAUUCCGGUCACUAGCGUUUCUUCAGUAUUCUCUUGUAUGUCUCUCUUGUAUGAACCGUCAAGAUAGACCGCGCGCCCACUGAAUCCACCAUGUUUCACAAGACUUCAUUCACAACCAUAAUUGUGGGAGUCUUUAUCGUAUAUGUUUUGCACACUUGUUGGGUGAUGUAUGGCAUAGUUUACACAAAACCAUGUGAAAAUCCGAAAAGCGACAACUGCAUCAACCCGUAUCUUGCAGGGAAGCCACGACUCCAGCUCAGCGUCUUCACAUCGGUGCGUCCCAAUGCGGACAGCGGUCACAACCUCAUUCUAACAGAAGAGGAUUUUGAUGUAAACACUAAAUUUGAAAGACUGGUGAAUGUGACAUUGCCAAAGAAGACGAGGAGGAACGGGACACUCUAUGCUGUGGUGUUCGUGCAUCACGUGGGCGUGUCACCCUGGAAUGACCCCAGGCAGGUUCACCUGGUGACGCAGCUCACGACCUACAUGUUGCCCAAGCCGGCCGAGAUCAGCCUGAUCACGGGCGAAGAGGAACCGCAGAAGCAGGAGCGGCAGGGUUCUGGUGCUGGCCGUGCUGACUCAGCAGUGGACCGGCCCGUGUCUCACUGGCGUUCCCGCCUCACUUUGAAUGUGGUCUCUGAGAACUUUCUGUUUGACAGGGAAGCACUACCCGGGGAUGUUCAUAGAUACAUGAGAAUAUUUCAGAGCGGGAAGAAGAUGGUGUAUCUGCCGAUUCUGUUUGUUGAUGAGCUGAGUAACAGAGUGAAGGAUUUAAUGGAGAUUAACAGCAGCAUGACAGAGGUGCCUCUCACGGUGUCAUACGACACCAUAUCUCUGGGCAGACUACGGUUCUGGAUCCACAUGCAGGACGCCGUCUACUCACUGCAGCAGUUCGGAUUCACUGAAAAAGAUGCCGAUGAGAUUAAGGGCAUUUUUGUGGACACCAAUUUAUACUUCCUCGCCCUGACAUUUUUCGUAGCUGCUUUCCAUCUCCUCUUUGACUUUCUCGCCUUCAAAAACGACAUCAGUUUUUGGAAGAAGAAAAAAAGUAUGGUGGGAAUGUCCAGCAAAGCAGUCCUCUGGAGAUGUUUCAGUACCAUUGUGAUAUUCCUCUAUCUGCUGGAUGAACAGACCAGUUUGCUCGUCCUCAUCCCUGCAGGAAUAGGAUCCGUCAUAGAGGUGUGGAAGGUGAAGAAAGCCUUCAAGAUACACAUUGUGUGGAAAAGUGUCACACCAACAUUCUUGUUUGGCAAAUCUGAUGAAUCUGAGAGAAGAACUGAAGAAUAUGAUUCUUUAGCAAUGAAAUAUCUUUCCUACUUACUGUACCCUCUCUGCAUCGGGGGAGCGGGUUAUUCCCUAGUUUUUGUGAAAUACAAAAGUUGGUAUUCUUGGCUCAUCAACAGUCUAGUUAACGGAGUUUAUGCCUUUGGGUUCCUCUUCAUGCUACCUCAGCUGUUUGUCAACUACAAGUUAAAAUCAGUGGCCCACCUACCUUGGAAGGCGUUCAUGUAUAAAGCGUUUAACACCUUCAUCGACGACGUCUUCGCUUUCAUCAUCACCAUGCCAACCUCUCAUCGGCUGGCCUGCUUCAGGGACGACGUGGUCUUCCUCAUUUACCUCUAUCAGAGAUGGCUGUACCCUGUGGACUGGAGCAGGGUGAAUGAGUACGGUGUGUCUUACGAGGACAAGCCCAAAGGAAAGAGCCACAAGGAUUAGACUCCUCACCAUUAAAUCAGAUCUACCGUUUUCACGCAUCCUCUUUUAUGUCCGAGAUCUGAGCCAGGCAAGUGUGAGGGAGAGAAAUACAUGAUCUUUUUUUCCCCUGCUUGUUUAAGAAGUGUCGCUGAUUCCUGGCUCUCUUUGGAUGCUCCUGAUUCCCAGCAUAAAUUCCAUAUCUGACUGUGUGAUCCAAUUCACAAAUCCACCCAAACAAACUGGCCUUCCGUGCUUCAUAAGGCCGAUGCUGGCAAUGGGGAAUUUUUGGUUAUCUGGCAACAGUGACUGUAGUAACCGGCUCUAGCCAGCAGGUGGGGGUAUCCGUGGAUAUCAGUGGAAACGUCUAUUACUUCGUGCAUUCGGCCAAGGCAUAGUAAAUCUAUAAGCUCUGGGUGAAUAUAUAAAGAUGUAUUUGAUUGUAUGUUUUGAUUUUCAAACAAUUUUAAGUAUCUUAAUAGUAUUUUGAAAUGAAGGCCUCGAUACGGUGCCAAAUGGAUGGAGGGAGGGAGUUUUGAAAAUUUACUUUUGUAAAUGAAUGACGUAUGUUGUGCUUUGGAUUCGAAAUUGCUACGCUCAGCCUCUCAACGGUUAAUUGCUAUUUGCUUGAACUGGAUACUUUGGAUAUCACUUGACUAUGAUAUUUGUACUUGUUGAAGAAACGGUUAUGUUUGUUAGUGUAUGUUUGUGCUUUAAAGUGUUCUGAGGGACCCAACCAUACUGACGGAUUAAUAUCAGACUUUUCGUCUGCAGUCCAGGCAAAUGAAUUGUUUCCUCUUGGCUUUUUGUAUUACAUUUACUUUGUCUCCUGGUCGGACCAUCA